AUGCCUAGAACUGUCCUAAUCACAGGAUGCUCGGACGGUGGCCUCGGCGCUGCGUUGGCGCUCGCCUUUCACCACCACGGCGAUCGCGUACUGGCCACAGCACGAAACCCCUCCAAGAUGGCACAUCUCAAAUCCCAAGGCAUCGAAACCCUCACGCUCGACGUCCUUUCUGAAGACUCCCUCCAGGCGUCUCUAAAAGAGGUCUCAACUCUCACAAACGGCUCGCUUGACGUUUUGGUCAACAAUGCCGGUGCUGGUUAUUCGAUGCCGAUGACAGAUGCAGACAUGGCGGAGGCACAGAAAGUGUUCAACCUGAAUGUCUUCUCCGUCCUAAGAACGACACAGGUGUUCUUCCCUCUCCUCCGCAACUCCAGAAAUGGAGCGUUAUUGGUCAACAACACUUCUGCAGCGAGUGUCGUUGGUGUGCCAAUGCAAGGAAUCUACAACGCAUCGAAAGCCGCCGCGGCAAUGAUCUCGGAAAAUCUGAGACUAGAGAUCGAACCAUUCGGCAUCAAAGUGGUGGAUCUCAAGACCGGUGGUGUGCAAUCCAAGUUCUUUCAAAACGUCCUUGGUGGCUCGGGUGCGAAACUACCAGAAAACACAGCCUACGAGCUUGCGCGCGAAAAAAUCGAGAAGGUCAUGGGUGGAGACGUCAGCCUGAGCAUGCUGGAUGCCGACAUCUGGGCGCGUGACGUGGUCAAGGACUUGAGUCAGAAGAACCCUCCUCCGCAUAUCUGGCGGGGCACGGGCGCGUUCAAGGUGUGGCUUUCCACUUUACUCCCGUCCGGAACAUUCAACGGGACACUUCGGCAGAUAGGUGGGCUGGACGUCUUUGCGAAGAAGCUCAAGGAGGCGGAAGCAGCACAUGCGAAACAACGUUAG